AUGGACGGUGGAGAUAGGCUUAGAGUGACGUUAUUAGAUCGUAUGUCGACGGUGGAAACUACUAGCCGGAGCUCACUAACGGGAUUGACUCUAGAAGCUAUUUUAAUGGCUGAGAAGAACGGAACCUCGCUGCAGCAACCGGAUAUUGCGCCGCCGCCGUCGAGGAACCAGACACUUGUCGAUGUAAUGCACAGAGAGCACCGACACAACAACGGUCGUGAUAAAACCGCUUGGAAAAGUCUCCGGGAAAAGCUCCGACUCAAACGCAACGCUACUGUUUGGAUCUCGUCUAAUAAUCCUAUCCCGACUUUGGAUACAACUAUCCCUAACCGGGAUAACGAUAGCCACCGACUCGGUUUUCUACUUUCCAACUCACCACCAGUGUCUGGUUCCACCGGAGCUACGUCGGAGGGAAGAAUCCGGCUAGGAGCUGUGUUGGCGGAGGAGAGAGCGUUAUCGGCGAGAGAAGAGGAGAUUCCGUCGGUGGCGACGGAGGUGCAGCCGGCGAGGAUGUCUUUGAUGGAGUUGCUAGUGGAGAACGAAGGGCAAAUGAGCUGUGUUCGAGAGAGCUUUGGGUACAGAGAGGAAACUGUCCUCUCUGCAACACUUCCAUUUUAG